AUGGCGUUGCUAAGGAGUAGCUUGCUGAUGGAUGAAGAACUCAAUGAUUCUGAUAUAUCACUAGAUGAUUCAGUACAUUCAGGUGAAAACGAUGAACUUGUGAAUUUGUUAGAUGUUCCAUAUACCACUACCGAGUCGCGUGAAGAGGAUUCACUAGAAUAUGAGAUAUUACAUCCCAACCAAUUAUCACAGUUGAUGUCUGAUAUUACCAAAGAAGUUGAACAAAUAAUUCAGAUUCCUCCGACUUAUUUACGACUAUUGCUUGCUCAUUUUAAAUGGGAUAAAGAUGCAUUAAUGGAAUUUUAUUUUGAACACGGUAAAGCAGAUACUUUUGCUCAAACAGGUAUUGUAGAUCCUAUGGAUAUCCCAGUGACAGGAUCAAGGAAUUUGUGUGAAAAGAAAAAUGAAGUCGUUUGUGAUAUAUGUUUUCUAUCAACUACUUCAAGUCAAAUGUUUGGAUUGUCUUGCGCUCACUACUUUUGUUUAACUUGUUGGCAGCGUUAUCUUAAAAUUAAAAUAAUGGAAGAAAGUCAAAUUGACCGAAUAUAUUGUCCUUCAUCUACUUGUCGUAUAAUUGUUGAAGAUGAGGUUGUGUUUCAAAUGAUUACUGAUCAAAAUGUACGCAAGCAUUUUCACAAACUGAUAUCUAGUAGUUUUGUUCUCCACAAUCGUGCAUUAACUUGGUGUCCAGGAGUUAACUGUGGACAUGCCGUGCGUUGCUUUGGUCCCCGAGAACCAUAUCAAAUUACUUGUACUAACUGUGGUGAAUGCUUCUGUUUCGCCUGUGGCCAACCAUGGCAUGAUCCAGUUCGCUGUGAACAGUUAAGAACAUGGAUUAAAAAGCUUGAAAAUGAUAGCGGUACACUUGGCUGGAUUGCAGCUAACACUAAAGAAUGUCCAAAAUGUCGUGCGACCAUAGAAAAAAAUGGUGGUUGUAAUCAUAUGACCUGUCGAAAUGUUGAUUGUAAGCAUGAAUUUUGUUGGAUGUGUCUAGAUCGUUGGGAGCCACAUGGAUCACGAUGGUACACAUGUAAUCGUUAUGAUGAUUCUGCUGCUAAAUUGGCUAGAGAAGCUCAAGCUAGUUCAAGGUUAUCACUUGAUCGCUAUCUUUUUUAUUCAAAUCGUUAUUUAAAUCAUAUGCAAUCGUUGAAGUUUGAGGCACGUCUAUAUGAAACAGUGCAAAGUAAAAUGGAAACAAUGCAAUCUCAUGGAACAUCUUGGAUAGAUGUUAAAUUUUUCAAAAAAUUAGUUGAAAUUCUUUGUCGCUGUCGAAGAACACUCAUGUAUACUUAUGCUUUUGCUUAUUUCUUGAAAAAAAACAACCAUUCAUUAAUAUUUGAAAGCAAUCAAAGUGACUUGGAACAAUCUACAGAACAGUUAUCGGAAUAUCUAGAUCGUGAUUUAUCUAAUAUCAAUUUAAAUGAAUUAAAACAGAAAAUGCAAGAUAAAGCCAGAUAUUGUGAAAGUCGCCGAAAUGUCCUUUUAGAUCACGUCGAGGGACUGGGUUUGUCAAUUCGACUGGUUCCCGACUGUAACCGGACCAUGAUUGGGGCCUUUGACAGAACUGGGGAAUUUCGAGCAUGUACUCAAUCACUUCAUGAUCGACUGCUUUCUGGUCGUCUACGCCUCAAGCCCCCUCACCCUAAAUAUUUGCACUCAGCUGAUAAUACUUACACUGCUAAUCUUAUAGCUAAGUCGAAGCAAAUGUCUGAAGAACUAAAAAUGACUGUUUCAAAGAUGACUAAAUUGAAAAUUUUGUUUCAAGAUCCAUCACAUUCAUCCCCUGAAGUCCUUAGUAAACUGAUUGAAGUAAUACAAUAUGAUAUAAUGGAUUUAAACAAAACCAAACUUCAACUAAAAACCAGUAUAUCUGAAGUUAAAGAGCAUUCAACUGCUGGUGUUCAGCACCUAAAACACAUAGAUCUUAUUGUUAUCGGAUUAGAAUAUCAUCUCUCAUUCCUCGUCUCUGAGUUUCGUGUUGUAUUGGAGGAACAUAAAACCUCCCUUUCGGUGGACUCUAAAAAAUUAGAUGCUAAUAUUCAGAUGAAUAACGAUCAAAAUCCAUUUGCAGAAUGUACUUCAUACUCAAGCAUUAUGAAAGCUAAUAAGCUCUCUCCAAUCAACCCCACUUCAGAUAAUUCUAUUCCGAACACACACCCUAUAAAUGACCAGUUACAAGGAAACAAGAAUCUACAAUACUCAAGUAAUCUUCCGAAUUCCGCUAUAUCACUUGUAGCAUCUAUACCUAACUCAUAUUCAACUUCAAGUUUACCACCUGUAAUGCCGAUCUCAAAAUUAAAUGGCACUCCUAUAGUUAAUCGAUCUGAGGUUUAUAACUCAUCUCAGGCGGAAACGACUAAUCGAACAGCGGAACAACUUCAAAUAUUUGCUAGUAAUCCGCAUGUAUCUCUUAUUGACCAGGAAGUUCGUCAACGUGACGCUGCAAUCCGACGGGUAGAAUCAACUAUUGUUCAACUUGGAGAGAUUUACCAACAAUUUUCUACUUUAGUACAAGAACAAAAUGAUUUAGUUUUACGAAUAGAUAGUCAAACAGAUAAUGUGGAAAUGAAUAUCAGUGAAGCUCACGCACAAUUACUAGUGUUUAUGCGGCGAAUAUCUGCACAAAGAGGAUUAUUAAUUAAAGCUUUCAUAACUCUUAUUUUAUGUUUUGUGGUAUUUGCAUGGAUAGUGAAAUAA